AAAAAAAAUCUCUCGUAUUUCCUUAUCUCAAGUCUUCUUUAAGUAUAUCUAUUUUAAUUAAAUAUCCUUUUCAGAUUAACAUCAACGUUCUUGCUAAUUCCAGUAUUUUCAACAACUUUCAUUUUUCUUGAUCUCUAGUUCAAAUUUCAAGAACUACAGAGAAAAGGGGUUGACUCAAAAUUUGAAAAAAAAAUGAGUUUCAGAGAAGAGAACAAUGAAGGGGAUCUGAAAAAGCCAUUUUUACAUACUGGGAGUUGGUAUCGUAUGGGGUCAAGACAGUCUAGUAUGAUGGGUUCUUCUCAAGCUAUUCGUGAUAGUUCUAUUUCUGUUCUUGCUUGUGUUCUCAUAGUUGCUUUGGGCCCAAUCCAGUUUGGUUUCACUUGUGGCUACACUUCACCUACGCAAAUUGCAAUUACCAAAGAUCUGAAGCUCACUGUUUCUGAGUUCUCUUUGUUCGGUUCUUUAUCCAAUGUGGGUGCUAUGGUUGGUGCAAUAUCUAGCGGUCAAAUUUCAGAAUACAUUGGGCGAAAAGGGUCUUUAAUGAUAGCUGCUAUACCAAAUAUCAUUGGUUGGCUUGCCAUCUCAUUUGCCAAAGAUCCUUCAUUUCUAUACAUGGGAAGAUUGUUGGAAGGCUUUGGUGUGGGAAUAAUCUCUUAUGUGGUUCCUGUAUAUAUUGCUGAGAUUGCACCUCAGAAUAUGAGAGGGGGUCUAGGGUCUGUUAACCAGCUCUCUGUUACAAUUGGGAUCAUGUUGUCCUAUUUACUGGGACUUUUUGUUAAUUGGAGGCUGCUUGCUGUUCUUGGAGCAUUACCUUGCCUAGCACUGAUACCUGGACUAUUUUUCAUCCCCGAAUCUCCUCGGUGGUUGGCCAAAAUGGGUUUAACAGAAGAUUUUGAAACUUCGUUGCAAGUUCUUCGAGGCUUUGAGGCUGAUAUUACCAAUGAAGUAAAUGAAAUUAAGAGGUCUGUAGCAUCAUCAACAAACCGAAGAACAGCAAUGCGUUUUGCGGAUCUCAAACAUAGAAGAUAUUGGUUUCCUCUCAUGGUAGGAAUUGGACUACUUAUCCUGCAACAGUUAGGAGGAAUCAACGGUGUUAUAUUCUAUUCCAGCAACAUUUUCCUAUCUGCCGGUAUUUCUUCAAGUAAUGCUGCAACUUUUGGUGUCGGUGCUAUCCAGGUUGUUGCAACUGCAGUUUCUACAUGGCUGGUGGACAGAACUGGACGUAGAAUUUUAUUAAUUGUUUCCUCGGCUGGAAUGGCUGUUAGUCUUCUUAUUGUCUCCGUUGCCUUCUAUCUAAAGGGUUAUGUAUCUGAGGAUUCUACCCUCUAUGGUGUCUUGGGAAUAGUGUCCGUAGUCGGGGUGGUGUUCAUGAUUAUUUCAUUCUCGCUCGGAAUGGGACCGAUUCCAUGGCUUAUAAUGUCUGAGAUUCUUCCAAUCAAGAUCAAAGGACUCGCUGGAAGUACGGCAACAUUAGCCAACUGGUUAUUUUCGUGGGUAAUAACAGUGACUGCACCGUUGCUUAUGGCUUGGAGCAGUGGAGGAACCUUCACCAUUUACAUGGUUAUGUGUGCUUUCACCGUGGCGUUCGUGGCAAUUUGGGUACCGGAGACGAAAGGGAGAACUCUAGAGGAAAUUCAGUUUUCUUUCAGAUGAAAACUAACCCCCUCCCAAACAGGCCUUUGUGAUCCUUUUGUUCUUUUUGUCACAAAACUCAAUUUCCCUUGUGCAAAAGUUUCAAUUUUUCACAUAUACAGGGAAGAAUGAGUUGCACAUUCUGCUUCAGAGUGUGUACAUUUCAUCUUGAUCUUGUCAUAUGCUGUAAUUUACUGUAUGAUUUUAUUUUAAAUUUUGUAUAUUCUAAGUGUGAUUAUACCAUUCAAUUUAAAAUAAAGUGCGAAAUGAGAAAAUGUAUUAUUCUUUAA